AUGUCUGCUACCAACGUGGAGAAGGCUCCUGAUGCCGCCGUCAAUGACGUUGCCAACACUCUGAGCAACACCACUCUCAAUGACAAGGCCGCCGCCAACGAGGCUGCCUCUGCCUCCGCCGCAGAGGGCCGCCGUCUGUACAUUGGCAACCUGGCCUACCCGACAACUGAGGGAGAGUUGAAGGACUUUUUCAAGAACUACCUUGUCGAGUCUGUCUCCAUCCCCAAGAACCCCCGCACCGAGCGUCCCGUCGGCUACGCUUUCGUCGACCUCUCGACGCCCACCGAGGCCGAGCGUGCCAUUGAGGAGCUCUCCGGCAAGGAGAUCCUCGAGCGCAAGGUCUCUGUUCAGCUCGCUCGCAAGCCUGAGCCCGCUGGCGAGAAGGCCGAAGCUGCUAACGGCGAUGCUGCUGGUACUGAGGGCGGUCGCCGCCGUGCUGCUGGCCGUGGCCGUGGCCGUGGUGGUCGCGGCGGCCGAGGUGGCCGUGGCGCCCGUACUGGCCGCGCUGGCGAGAGUGAGGAGAAGAAGGAAGGCGAGACUGGAAUUGAUGAGGCUACUGCGCCCGCCCCUGCCGCCGAUGCGGAAGCCACCACUACUGAGGCUUCCAAGAAAGAAGCUCGCGCGCCCCGUGAGCGCCGUGAGCGUGGCCCCCCGGCCGAUGGCAUUGCUUCCAAGACCAAGGUCAUGGUUGCUAACCUGCCAUAUGACCUGACCGAGGAGAAGCUCAUUGAGCUCUUCCAGGCCUAUGAGCCCUCUUCUGCCAAGAUUGCUCUGCGCCCCAUCCCCCGCUUCAUGAUCAAGAAGCUGCAGGCUCGUGGUGAGGCUCGCAAGGGCCGUGGCUUUGGUUUCGUCACCCUCGCUACUGAGGCGCAGCAGCAGAAGGCUGUCAGCGAGAUGAACGGCAAGGAGAUUGAGGGCCGUGAGAUUGCUGUCAAGGUUGCUAUCGACAGCCCUGACAAGACUGAUGAGGAGGCCAACGCUCCCGAGGGCGAGACCACUGGCAAGGAGGCUCCUGCUCCUGCUACUGAGGCCCCUACCGAAACCGCUACUGCCACUGCUUAA